AGGUAUACUAUACGUUUAUUGACUAUUGAAAUAACAAAAUUAAUCCUUAUAUAAAAUCAUUCUGUGAUGUUUUCUUAGGGCCCUCUUAUCGUCCACCUUGUCCACGUUGCUGCUAGCUUCGCCAGCUGCUUUUCUGGACUCGUCCACCGAUUUUUGGACCUCCUGCAUUUCCUUUUCGACGCUGCUGAGGUUCGCUUUCAGUUCCGACUCUUUAGUCUUGCUCAUGUCGACGAAAGCUUCCUGGGAGGAUAUCUCCCUCUCGACACCCUGUAUAGUGUUUUGCGCGUCGGUGUCGAUUUGCUUGGCCUUCUGCAGAGCUUGCUUGAGCACGCCGAGCAGCUUCUGCUUUUCAGCUUCGCUAUCGCCGUGCGUGGUAUUUUCCGUGGUGGUUUCCGUGCAGAAAGCUGUGGACGUUUCCGUGUCGGUGCAAGCAGUCGUCACACAUCGGGUCAACGGAAUGUAUAUUAGUAAAAUAAUAAAUAGAAACAACCACAAACCAUACAUUAGUAUAAAAAAUAUAGCUUGACAUAGACAAAAUUUAUGACAUUUUAAUUAAUUAAUAACGUCACUUUAUAUUUCAUAUACACAUGUCAUUUUAGAACCUUUUACAUCGAUGUACAAAACAACUCUACUCUUUAUUAUAUUUAUUAUACAAAUAGCAUUGUUACGUGCUACGGAACUGGAGGACGAGAAUGCGCCUCUCAAGAACCGGGACGAUAUCGCUUGCGUUAACGGGGACAGCAGCUGCAAGAACGGCGGGCAGGGCGACCAGGCAGCUUCGGCCGCCAAUAUAGCGCAAAAAGCUGCGCAAGAAGCCAAAGCAGCUGAGGACGCGCAGCAGCAGGCCGGUCAGCAAGCUGCCCACCAAGUUAAAGAACAACUGGCGGAAAAAGCGAUCGAAGCUGCCAAGGCGGCUGAAGCUGCGUUAGCUGGCAAAGACGACCUAGUAAAACAGAUUAAGCAGGAAAUCAAAGAAGCUGAAGUGGUUGUGCAAGAAGAAAAUGGCAGCGUAGCGCAGCUUCAACAAACAGUCGCAGCUUCAGUAAAAGCUGCGCAAGAGGCAAAAUCUUUAGUAAAGCUAUUGCAAACCACUUUGCAGCUGGCACAAGCCAAUGCUGUGAACUCUGCUCAAGCACAAGAAGGUACGCAAGCGCAGCUAACUGAAAAAGAGCAGCUGAGCGAAUCUGCCAAAACUCGUUUGGACGCGUUAAAUAAGCAGCUGAAUAUUGCAAAGGCUGAGCUGCAAAGUACCAGAGAUUCAGCUAGAAAGGCUGAGAAUUCAGCAGCUGAAGCUAAGCAAAAUGCCAUGAGGAAUAGGAGGGGGGCAGGGAAUAAUUCAAAAAAAAGGAGGAAGAAAUAAAUUUUGGAAAAAGUCUAUAGUUUUAUGUUUAAAGUUUUUUAUUAUACCCUUUCAUUUAUGU